AAAAGGCAGUUCUGUCAAACAAAACCAAAGUGCAACAAGCGGCGAGUGUGGGAAGGAACCGUUUUUUUCUGUCGUUUCACCGGAUUAUUUUUUCUCGAUUUCGUUUGUUUGUAACCAUUUCGAAUGCCCAGCAGUGCGCGAUGAACAAAACGGUGCUGAAGCGAUCCAACACGCUGUCCAAUGUGGCCAACAUCAGCGCCAGCGAGGAGCAGCUGGACGGGGCGAUUUUCUACUGCUUGAACGCGCUGGCCAAGCGGCACACCCCGUCCGAGCAGUUCCGGGCGAUCUUCGUGAAGGGCAUGUUCCUGAAGCCCAACACGAAGGCGUUCAUCCAUGUGCUGCACUUCCUGUUCAACGUGUACGACGUGAAGGAGUUCCGGAAGCGCUUCUACUGGCCGAUCUACGACAAGAACGCGGAGAGUGCGUUCCGCAGCUCAACGGUCGAGUACGUCAAUAGUUUGGUGGAGCGCGGCAAGUUGGAUGGAAUGGAGCGGAUUAAGGCGCACACGGUGGUCCUGCCGGGCGGGGCCAAGUUUAUGAAGUUUCUGCUGGUGCUGAUCAAGUUCGUGCUGAAGGAGGAGCUGAGGCGGGCCGGAGGAGGUGGCGCGACGGUGGCCGAGGGGAAGAUUGUGAGCCGGCGGGAUGUGGAAGGGUUGGUGGAGUACCAUCGGGAGUGGGACGAAAUUGGGGCGAAGAUGAGGGAGAUUGUGCAGAAGGAUUUGGCGGCGAUUCAGAGCCGGAUUGGCGAGGUGGACGAGCUGCUCGAGGAGAUGUUCCGGAAUUGUGAAGGGCCGGCGAGGCAGAUGAGCUUCGAGAAGUUGAUGCAACUUUGGGGGACGUUCAACCGGAAGCGGUUUGAGGAAAAUGAGGAACGGAGGCAGAAGAUGCGGGUCGUUACGGAGGAGUACAACAAGCUCAUCGUUACGGCCAGGAGGAAAUUGGAGCCGAAGGAACUUACGCUGGGGAUCAACGAGGACGAUUUGAAGGAGACUUUGUACCGGCUGGAGGUUCUCUACCCGGACAACGCGUGCCACUUUCGGGAGGUGUUUGACGAGAAUGGCAAGAUUGACGCGGUCAAAAUGUUUGAAAUUUUAACGUUCAUGCUGCCGGAAGUGACCCACCACUUUGCAUCGUUUUCCGUGAGAAGCGUCGAAUCACUCAAGUUUGAACUGAAGGAAAUCUCGAAGGUCGCCGUCAAAUCGGACACAAUCUGCCACGAGUUGGCCUCACUCCGACGGAGUUUGCCCUUCAUCGACGCCAAAUUCCAAGAACUCGACAAACAGGACGAACUCGACGAACUAAACAACGAUCUCGGAAUUCGAAACAAGAUCUUCAACACUCCACCGAUCACCCUCAACUUCCAAGAAGCAACCGAAGGCAACACUCGACCAACCUCCAAACGAAACCGGCUAGCCCUCCUCGACGACGACCAGGUCCACCAGCUGAACCUGCGCAUGCGAAUCCUCUCGUCCAGCAUUUGCCAAGCAGUCCCGCGAACUCCACGCUCCGCCCGCAAACCCAAACCCCGAGCAAGUCCCAACGUCUUCGCCGUCCCCAAACCAGCCCGCAAGGAAAAAAUGAACCCACUCUCGAUGCUGAACAAAAUCACCGCCCAAGGCAAACCCAAAUCAACCUCUCAAAACCUCCACCCAGUCAACAGCACCAUGAACAUCUCGUCCCUCUCCGACAUCUCCCUACGACCAGAGUUCUCUUCCACCCUACUAGGAACCCCCGAGAAGCAACCCUGCCCCCUCAACCGACGCAGUAUUAACGCCAACGAAACACUCACGGCACCACAACCAGAACCCACGCCACCUUUCCAACCGUCCCCGCGUCUCAAGUCCAUCUACAGCGAGGACAAACCCACCCCGGAUCCAAUGUUCCUGCUGGGACCACCCACCAAGCGGAGAAGUUCCCUGCUGCAGCUGGACCAGCUGCAGACGUCGCCCUCCGGGCGGUUAGAACCGUUGGUGGGGGUGGCCAAGGCGAGUGGGAUUAGGAGGCAGAGUUCCGGCGGUGGAGGGAUCGUUGUGCCGAGGAUACGGAUAACCGAGCUGAAUGGUGAUGCCGACUCGGGGAUUGGUGGGGAGGAGCAGCAGCAGCGGAGGGUUGGUGAGGCGGACAUGGCGGAGUUUGACGAUGAUGUUGUGGACGAUGCGAACGAGAGGACGCUCAAUGUGGAGGAAACCAACAAAUCCGGCGAAGACCUCUCCAGCACGCUAAUCGGAGUGGCCAUCGGCAAGCUAUCGCUCACGGAGGACUUUUGCUUGCCCGUUGCCGAAACUGCCUCAUCCCUGGACACGGACGAACAGCCGCCUCCCCCGCCAACCCCCUCCUCGACGGGCACCAACGACGAAGAUCUGUUCAACGUUAGCGAUGGCAUCCUGACGGAUUUCGACUAGAAAGAGUUUGUUUGCACGGUUUUUAUCCCCAUUUUUACUCGCGCCUGUUAUUAGCGAAAAAUAUAAACAGAUUUAUACAUUU